AUGGUGUUCAAACUCUCUCCGGCAUCCCCCGCCGGAAAAUGGCUGGGAUUUGUCACCGCCGUCUGGGUGCAAGCAAUUUCUGGUAACAAUUACACUUUUUCUAAUUAUUCCGACGCGCUCAAGUCCCUCAUGGGCCUCACCCAACUCCAGCUCAACAGCCUCUCCGUCGCCAAAGACGUCGGAAAAGCCUUUGGCCUUCUCGCGGGACUCGCCUCUGAUCGCCUCCCCACACCCGUCAUCCUUCUAAUAGGUUCCAUUGAGGGAUUCAUUGGAUAUGGCGUCCAAUGGCUAGUCGUUAGCCGCCGAAUCCAACCUCUCCCUUACUGGGCUAUGAGUAUUUUUCUAUGUAUGGGAGGAAACAGCACGACGUGGAUGAACACGGCGAUUCUGGUAACAUGCAUUCGGAAUUUCCGGAAAAAUCGUGGCCCAGUUUCUGGAAUUCUGAAAGGUUACGUCGGAUUAAGCACAGCUAUUUUCACUGAUAUCUGCUCAGCGUUAUUCGCCGAUGACCCGGCGAAAUUUCUGCUGAUGCUGGCAAUUGUUCCUUUCGUCGUUUGCCUGACCGCAAUCUUUUUCCUCCGAGAGAUCCCGCCGUCUUCUACGGCCGCGGAGGAAAGCGACGAGACUAAGUACUUCGGCGUAGUUAACGUUCUGGCCGUUAUUAUAGCGCUGUAUUUGUUGGCAUUCGACGUCUCAGGGCCUCACGGCGGCCUAUUUUCGCAAGUCUUCGCCGCAAUACUUUUGGUUUUACUCGCCUCCCCUUUGUCUAUACCAAUUUACCUCGCGGCAAAGAGUUUCAUCCGGUCGGGAGCCGACACGAUAGACGCUGAGAAAAGCGUGACGGAGCCAUUACUGGCGGGCGAGGCAGAGAAGAAGGUGGUGGCGACGUCGUUGGAGGAGGUGGGGGAGAAGAGGAGGCCAGUUCUGGGAGAAGAGCACACGAUAAUGGAGGCUCUGAAAACCGUAGACUUCUGGAUCUUGUUCGGGUCGUUUCUGUGUGGAGUGGGAACGGGUCUAGCAGUGAUGAACAACCUGGGGCAAAUGGGUUUGGCUCUCGGGUAUGCGGAUGUAUCCAUAUUCGUUUCGCUGACCAGCAUAUGGGGAUUCUUCGGGCGGAUCCUAUCCGGGUCGGCUUCAGAAUACUUUAUCAAGAGGGCCGGAACACCAAGGCCAAUUUGGAAUGCAGCUUCUCAGAUUUUAAUGGCAGUGGGAUACAUCCUAUUGGCUAUGGCUAUGCCCGGAUCGCUGUACAUUGGCUCCAUUGUUGUGGGUAUCUGCUAUGGAGUCCGUCUAGCCGUUACUGUUCCUACCGCCUCCGAACUCUUUGGCCUCAAAUACUACGGCCUCAUAUACAACAUCCUCAUCCUCAAUCUCCCACUCGGCUCGUUCCUCUUCUCCGGCUUGCUGGCGGGCUUCUUGUACGAUGCUCAGGCGACGCGCACGGCUGGAGGCGGCAACACGUGCAUCGGUGCCCACUGCUACAGGCUUGUGUUUAUGGUGAUGGCUAUUGCAUGUGUGAUUGGGUUUGGUCUUGAUGUUUUGCUGUCUAUUAGAACAAAGAGCAUUUAUGGUAAGAUCUAUGCUAGCAGGAAAGCGAAGAAAUCUUCAGUAUCUAAUCUCCAGUGAGAAUGGAGGGGACUGAUGAGAGAAUUUUUCUCAGUGACGUCCUGGUCUUCGGUGGUUGUGGUGUUGGGUUUUGUCUAGCAUUCUUUGGUCUGUUUUCCCCACAAAUUGUGAUAGUAGAAUUGAAUUAUUUUUUUUUUUGUCCAUCAAAUUAUAGUAUUAGUAAAAUUGUAUGAUACAAUUUCAAGACUCUUCAUUUAACAAAGGUCUUGAUUUGUUUGAUUUGUGUAUUGGAUGAUGUAAUUGAUCGAAUUAUUAAAUAGAAAAAAAAAUGUUAUUUUACUCUGA